AUGAUUUCUGUCAAACCAGCCAGCGUUCUGACGCAGAAUCGAGCGGACAUACUCGUGACGCAUCUUCGCAAUAAUUCGUGUACAACAGCUGUGGAAACACAUGAACUGAAAACAAUACUAACCGGAAACGUUGGAAUGUCACCUUUGAAUCAGAAAUCGAGGCAAAUUGCAUGUCCUCACUCCGAUAAAUGCCCCGUUACAACACUACCCUUGUGUGAUGCCCAGUGA